AUGUCCAACAGCAGCUCCAUCAACCACUUCCUCCUGCUGCCAUUGGCAGACACGCGGCAGCUGCAGCUCCUGCACUUCUGCCUCUUCCUGGGCAUCUCCCUGGCUGCCCUCCUGGCCAACGGCCUCAUCAUCAGCGCCGUAGCCUGCGGCCACCUCCUGCACACGCCCAUGUUCUUCUUCCUGCUCAACCUGGCCCUCACCGACCUGGGCUCCAUCCUCACCACUGUCCCCAAAGCCAUGCACAAUUCCCUCUGGGACACCAGGAACAUCUCCUACACAGGAUGUGCUGCACAGAUCUUCAGGGCCGUGCUGAGGAUCCCCUCUGAGCAGGGGCGGCACAAAGCCUUUUCCACCUGCCUCCCUCAC